CAGGAAGAAUGCUCCAAAUGAAUCCUUGUUCCACACAGGAAAAGCCAAAGCUGUCUGCUCCAGAUGUUCCACCAGCCCAGGGCAGACUGGCUAACCUCCACCAGGCAAUAGAGAAACAUCAACAUCUUCCUCAAAGGGUAGUCAUAAGGGUGAAAUGGGCUGUCACAAGUUUCUGGAAGAAGGCAAAGAUCAGCAUCACUGACAAAAUGCCCUGGAAACCAACAGAACGGAGGCAAAGAUGAGGUGAUGGCAGAUGGAUGUGUUUAGCGCACAAUGAUGACCAAUGACUGAAACUCAAUGAGCAAAAAAUCAGCUCAGUUCUUUAGAACAUGAACCCAGAAGCGUGAGGCAAGACUCAGCUCCCAUUUUGGGUGCUAUGAAUCGAAACGACACUUUCACAUAUGAGUCCACCCUUCUUCUCCACCUUCCUGCUGCCCUCUCUCUUCAGUAUGCCUGGAGCUGUAUGCCCAAGUUCAGUGCCAGAUCAAGUAGACAGUCAGACCAACAAAACCAGAGAUUGCUGAAAAAGCAGAAAUUACCCAAAGGGGAGAAACUGGGACUUUACAUGACAAGAUACUUAGUCUGGAAUGACUUACCAUGACACUGACAUCAGCAAGGAGACAGUUCUUGCCUUCACUCAUCCAAUGGUGGGAUUCCGGAGAAGAACUGUUUCUGCUGCCAUGAUAACCAUACAAGGAAUAGAACACACUGCAUUGGAAGAUGGCUAUGAUGCCCAGAAGGUGGGACAACAGCCUUUAUAUGUGAAUUCACUUUCGUGGAAAAGGAUGACAGAGAAGUUCUUGAAGGGAGAACCCAAAAUCCUUGGGGUUGUGCAGAUUGUGAUUGCCCUCAUGAACCUCAGCAUAGGAAUCACGAUGAUAAGUGCUAUUGUGCCAGCCGGUGGAGUCCUUCCUGUUUCGGUGUAUAUAGGGUACCCAGUCUGGGGAUCUCUGAUGUUUAUUAUUUCAGGAUCAUUCUCAAUUGUAGCAGGAAGAAGAACUACAAAAGGUUUGGUUCGAAGUAGCCUAGGCCUGAACAUCACCAGCUCCGUGUUUGCUAUCUCAGGGAUCAUAAUCAGCUCACUGAGCCCAGGCAUUUAUUCUUUCCAUUUCUACUACUGUACAUAUAGAAGCUCUUCAGAAAGCUGUCUCAUGACCAUGUCCAUUUUAAUUGGUCUGGACAUCGUGGUAGUCAUUUUAAGUGUGCUGGAGUUCUGCAUUGCUGUGUCUCUCUCUGCCUUUGGAUGCAGAGUGAUGUGUUGUAACCCUGGUGGGGUCGUGGUAAUUAUGCCAUCAAGUCCUCCCACGAAAGAAACACCAUGUCCUAUAUCACUUUAAGGAGGUUUGGUACCACUGGCACACCAAGAGAAAAAUGUUCCAGAAAAUCUGCAGUGAUUUUUUUUCAAGAACCACACAUGGGGAAACACAAGAUUUCAACUCUGAUGUGGAUGCCUGUGUGUGUGUGUGUGUGUGUGUGUGUGUGUGUGUGUGUGUGUGUGUGUGUAAGUUUGGAAUGACAUUCUCAUGUUUCCCCAGGAACUUGGCUGAUCAUUCCAUUGGCUUUUCAUAAGAAUAUCAGAAUGGAAUAAAUAAACCAUCAAUUUACUAGCUAAAUAGCACUUGACCAUGUUUUAUUCAUACUUUAGACAAUCUAAAAGUGCUUUAAAUAAGCAAAGAAAGUUUUAACGUAAAUGGAUGAAGUGAUUUUAAUCACAUGAGAUUUUCACACUGACUACACAUUUCUACCACUUUGUGUAAUGUUCUUUCUGUUUGUCUAACUUUGGUUUUUGAUUUUGUUUAAAAAAAAUUGGGGGAUGUAUUUUUUCCUUCAAGAAGUACAGAAACAUGAAUUUUGCUUCUUUUUGUCCUACUUCUCUUGUAUGCCAUAAAAAUGUACCACAGAAUAGCAAA